AUGGCGCGACCAGGCAUCAGCGAUCUCACAGGCGACCAUCGCAUUGCCCAAAUUGCACGCGACACAUGGCUGUCCUCACCCAGCAGCGCGCCCAAAGUGCUGCCGGCGACCAUCACUGAGCUCUGGCAGCUCGUGGAAGAAGACGACUCCCCCUUCUCUCUGCUCCUCCUCGAACAGCUGCAGGCGUUGGAGCGCUAUCUCUGGCCCGGCUACACUGACAAUGCAUCCAACCACCACGUUCUCCUCAUCGUCCUCCUCGUCAACACGAAACGAUCGGAGAACCUACCCACCUGGCCGCUCUUCACAACCACGCCCGACGAGUUUGCUGACUUCUUUCGACGCGUGCUCCACUUGAGCAUUGACUCCAGUCUGGCCACCAAUGUGCGCGAGUAUCUCCUGGCCUUUAUCGUGGGCGCAUAUCAGAGUCUGGACCAUGGAGUCGUCAGGAAAGAAUGCGCGCCGCUGGUGUCAAUUGGGAUAUGGCACAACUUGCACAGUGAUGCCGCAAGACAGAGACGACUGGCGAAAAGCGCACAACUACAAAAGGCGUGGAGAGCAUCGGGGAAGAAGUUCGACAAUGCAGACCCUGCAGGGCAGGCGAGAAUGCGUUUUGAGAGGAGCUGGCUGUAUCUGCUUGUACUGAGCUUCUGCGACAAGCUGUAUACUAGCACCAAGAAGGAAGAUGAUGUGGCGUACUGCGAACGAUUCCUGGAAUUGCUGUGCGAUUUGCAAAGUCAACUACCCACAAGACGAUAUGUGAAUGCUCUGCUUCAAGAUCUGAACAUUUUGCCUGCCAUUGCCCUUUCGCCUUUGCACCAGCAAGAAUCGCGGAUCCGCGAAUUUUACGAGCUUCUCGUGCACUACACGCACUUUCCCAUCGACGACCAGACUGGGCGACAGCUGAGCAGGCAGGAGUACCAGGAAUCUCAAAAUGCCAGCAUAUCGAGGUUACAGAAAGUGGGAAUGAGGUUGCAGCCAGAGAAGCUGAAGAUCAUGAUUUUGACCAACUUCGGUGCGUUAGGACAACGGGAGGAGCUGGAAAGCCAUCUCAAAGAUCUGAGCGACGAUGAGCUGCUCGAGCUGUGCCAAAGUGUCGGUCUGAGAACACGAGAGUACCCAGAAACGACGCAAUUAGUGCAAGAUCGAGCAUUCUUGGUCGAGACGCUCGUCGCGAUGGUCGAGUCAAAGCCAUACUACACGGAGCGAAUGCGUAAACUGCAGAUCCUACCGACGGAGCAUGCACUGUACAGCAAUGCGCGACUGCCCUCAGACGAGCAUGUCGUCAAUCAGCCGUUGGCCAUUCCGAAGCUCAACUUACAGUACUUGACGAUAGGCGACUUUCUGUGGCGAUCCUUUACUCUAUACAGGUACGAAGCUUUCUACAGCUUGCGAAAGCAUCUUGAGGAUACGAUCAAACGACUGCAGCCACGACGAGGAGGCGGGAUUGUCCGCUUCGAUGGCUUCUCUCGAAUGGCCAUUCCCAUCCCAAAACCGGCACUGAUUGAAACUGCUGCACCGCGUGUUGGCGAGAUCGUGCCCGCUCAAGUCAAGGCAGAGAUUAUCCUUGAUGUGAGCAGGCUUCAGCCCGGCUUGCGGAGGGAGUGGGAGAGCUUGAGAUCAGACGACACUGUUUAUCUGCUCGCAUUGCAACCGGAAGACAACGCUCACAAGCUCACCAAUGGUGCUGCUGCGAAGCAGUCUGUAGCCGAGAGACUUGGCCUGAAAGCGGUCAGAUGCGCAGAGGUCAUCAGCGUCCUUGAUGAGAAUAGUAGAGCGCUUCGAUUUAACCAGCAUGAUCAGGACUAUACAGACAAUGGGCCAAGACCGAGACAGCGAAGACUGUUGCUCCGAUUGGACGCAGCCUCGUACAAGGCCGACAAGGAUCGCGAGGCGUCUGGUAAGCCCGACAUAUACGAGAGCAUCAAUCUGGUGGUCCGCAGGAAAUCGAGAGAGAACAAUUUUCGACCGGUGCUGGAAAGCAUUAAGCAGCUGGCCACGUCGGACGCCCCCGUGCCAUCUUGGUUCGAGGAGGUCUUCCUUGGUAUUGGCGAUCCCGCUUCUGCCACUUACAAGCGUCUUGCAAAUAAGCUCCAAAGCGUUGAUUACCGAGACACGUUUGUGGACUGGCAGCACCUGAUUGAGUCCUUACCUGGCAAGACGGUUGAGCCUGAUCCCGAUCUGGACUCAAUCCCACCACCACCGUAUGUACUAGAAAAUACUGGGUCGGCACCUGCACCUCCACCAGCAAAGGGCAAGAAGAGGAGACGAGAUCAACCAGAUGGACCAGAUCCCAAGCCUACGGCAGAGACUUACAGAGUGUCGACAUAUCAACCCCCAAAUUCGGGACCGUAUCCGGAAGAUGCACCCAAACUUAAUCACGUUCGCUUCACGCCCACUCAAGUAGAGGCUGUAACGGCUGGCACACAGCCUGGCUUGACUGUCAUUGUUGGUCCUCCAGGUACAGGCAAGACUGAUGUGGCAACACAAAUUAUUAGCAACGUCUACCACAAUUUCCCGCAGCAACGCACUCUACUCAUCGCACACUCCAACCAAGCACUGAACCAGCUGUUCCAAAAGAUAGUGGCGUUAGACAUCGAUGAGCGCCAUCUUCUGCGACUGGGCCACGGCGAAGAAGAGCUGAUGACGGAAGCUAGCUUUUCCAAAGCAGGCCGUAUCGAGUCGUUCCUUGAGCGAGGCGCGCGAUAUCUUGCUGAUGUGCAGCGUCUUGCUGCCAGUAUCGAAGCACCUGGAGCGCACGGCAGCAGCUGUGAAACUGCAGAAUACUUCGACCAGGUCUGGGUGCAGCCUCGAUGGAAACGCUACUGGGACAGCUUUGAGUCUGCCGAUGUGACCACCGAACAGCUCGUUGCGACUUUCCCCUUUCACAAAUUCUUCGCUGACGCUCCCCAACCAUUAUUCUCGCCGAACACGACCAAACAGCAGCUGCUCGACACUGCCAAAGGCUGUGAGAGACAUAUCAACCGAAUUUUCAGUGAGCUCGCAGAUAUCCGCCCAUUUGAGCUUCUUAGAGCACAACGCGAUAAGAGCAACUACCUGCUGGUGAAGGAAGCCCGCAUCGUCGCCAUGACAUCGACGCACGCUGCCAUUCGCCGGCAAGAAAUUGCACAACUUGGCUUCAAGUAUGACAAUGUGAUUAUGGAAGAAGCCGCUCAAAUCACCGAGAUUGAGAACUUCAUCCCAUUCGUAUUGCAAAAGCCGCGUGUAGAAGACGGCAAAGCGCCCGAAAAUGCUCUCCAGCGGAUCGUCCUCGUGGGCGACCACCUCCAAAACUCUCCAGUCAUCCAAAACAACGCACUCAAAACCUACGCAAACCUCGAACAAUCCCUGUUCCAACGCUUAGUCCGACUCGGCGUCCCACACAUCAUUCUCGACGCUCAAGGACGAAGCAGGCCAUCUCUCGCAGACCUCUACAAAUGGCGCUAUCCAUCUCUCACCAACCUCCCAUUCACAUCCACAGCACAGGAAUUCGUCUCCGCAAAUGCUGGCUUCCGACAUGAAUACCAAUUCAUCGAUGUACCUGACUACAAAAACUCUGGCGAAAGCGAACCCACACCGCAUUUCAUCCAAAACUUGGGCGAAGCAGAAUACGCCGUCGCUUUGUAUCAAUACAUGCGUCUCCUCGGCUAUCCCGCCGGGAAGAUUUCGAUUCUGACAGCAUACUCGGGCCAAAAAGCAUUGAUUCGCGAUGUUCUCACUCAUCGUUGCAAGAACAAUCGACUCUUCGGUAUGCCCGGCUGGGUCGGUACAGUGGACAAGUACCAGGGAGAGCAAAAUGACUACAUCAUUCUUUCGUUGACGAGGACGAAAUCUCCCGGGUAUUUGCGAGAUUUGAGAAGACUGACUGUGGCGUUAUCGAGAGCACGACUGGGAGUGUACAUCUUGGGAAGAAGGGAAGUGUUUGAAAGUUCGUUGGAAUUGAGGGAGGCAUUUGGUGCCUUUUUAGAGAGAUCGACAAAAUUGCAAGUGGUGCCGAAUGAGCUGUUCCCUACCGAGAGGUUGGUGGAUGAUGCGACGGUGGAAGCGGUAGAGAUGGCAGGGGUGGAGCAUCUGGGACAGUAUGUCUUUGAAAUGACGAAUGCGAAAGUGAAGGCUUUGAAAGAGGGGACAACGCAAUUACCGCCUCCUGCGCAGGAUGGUGGUGGCGGUGUUGAAGAGGACGGAGAAGGAGAAGGAGACGAGGAGGGUGGGUUGGUGCUGGAUGGAGAUGGAGAUGUAAAAGUAUGAAUAAAAACAGGAACAGGCAAGUAAUGCCAAUGUUGUAGAAAUAUUGAAGAUACCC